AUGGAAACUCCAGUUCCAUCAAUAUCCAAUAAAAACUUGGAGGGUAAAAUCGCCAUCAUCACAGGAGGAGCCAGUGGUAUCGGAGAGAACACGGCACGUCUCUUUGCUCAACAUGGGGCUAAAGUUGUUAUUGCAGACAUCCAUGAAGAAAGAGGCCGAUCGGUAGCCGAAUCUAUUGGGAAUGGAAACUGCAUGUUCAUCAAAUGCGACGUCAUUGAUGAGCAACAGGUCCAAACGUUGAUAAAAUCAACGGUGGAGAUUCACGGUCGACUAGACAUUAUGUUCAGCAAUGCUGGAAUUUUCGCUAUUGAUGAUAGUGAACAAGUUAUCCUAGGUUUUAACCUGGAUAGUUUAGACAAGAUAAUGAGCGUCAAUGUUCGGGGAUCAGCAGCGUGUGUGAAGCACGCGGCUGAGGCGAUGGUGGAGGGGGGUGUGAAAGGGAAAAUAAUAUGCACGGGUAGCUCAGUGACGACUAAUGGGACGUCUAAUCAUAUUGAUUACGCGAUGGCUAAGCACGCGCUGCUUGGAUUGGUGAAGUGUGCAAGCUUGGGACUAGGUAAGUACGGUAUACGUGUGAAUUGUGUUACUCCUGGGGCAGUAGCUACACCCUUGUUUGAGAAAGGAAUGAAAAUGGAUGCGGAGAAAGUGUUCGAAUUGUUCAGUUGCUUGAAAAAUAAUGGGCCACAGAAGAGUUCUCAUAUAGCUGACGCCGUCUUGUUUUUGGCUUCUGAUGAGUCUCAGUUUGUCACCGGCCAUAAUUUGGUCGUUGAUGGAGGCUUUCGCCCACCUGUUUUUUGAUAAUUUGAAAUUGGAAUUUGGUUAAUUUUGGGCUUUAAGUUUCUUUUUGUAUCGUUGUUGCGCUUAAUGAUUUGACAAUCUGUUUAAUAGAAUUUUUAAGCAAAAAUA